AUGCUCAUCAUUACUGGCACCGAUUCCAUCAUGAUUUUUGAUGAUUGUGGUUUCAGUUACAGGAAUAUUGUUUCAGAUCAGAGAGUGCCAGAAUUAUUCUAUCAGGAAUUUGAAACUGAGUUACUUUUUAAACGUUCGGAAAGACCAAUUUCUAGAAUAAGACCCAAUUCUGUGUUAAACAGUUUGUUACAUAGCAUUCGAAGCUAUCCACUUUUAGGUCGACUUAAACCUUGUUUUUAUCCACGUGAACAUUUAGUAACCUCAGUUAGUCGAAGAAGUCGAACACUAGAUGAAAGAAGAGCUAAGAGUUUCUUAUCGAGUUGUGUUAGAUCAAUAUUAGCUGAUUUAGCAACAAUAAGAAUAGAUGAUGAUAUUGAAAGUUCGUUAAAAUAUGGGCAGUUAAUGGAUGAAUCAAUUCUUCAGGUGAUGCUAUUGAAUCCAAUGUUAGAUAGAGAACAAGAUAAAUGGAUUGUAAGAGAUGCUAUAUUUCAACAUGUUAAUUAUCAGAUUGGUGCUGCAAGAAGGAGACAAAGACAGAACAGUUUUCCAGAAUAUUCUUCAACUUAUACAAGUAUGGCCCAUUCUCGUGAUACUGUGGAAGAUCACGAAGACUUUCAAGUUGUUCCAGAUAUUGAUGAUGAAUCCUGA